AUGUACAAUGACCUAGAAAGAUUCAUUUCAUUCACUGAAAUAGAAGGAUUUAAUAAAAAUCAAACACUUGAAAGUAAAUUAUACCCAAAUAUUGGAAAACUUUCAUUACUUGAAUUGUGUUGUUAUCAUGGAGCAGUUGAUUGUUUCAAGUUAUUAAGAACGAAAUUUAACUCAGAAAUAACUCAAACAUGUCUUCAAUUUUCAUUUUUAGGAGGAAAUCAAGAAAUCAUAAGUGAAUGUUUGAAAUAUCAAACACCAGAUAAAUAUUCCAUUGAAUAUGCAAUUGCCUCGCACAACAUUGAUUUUGUCACAUUCUUGAUGAAUGAAUACAAUAUGGAGAUCGAUUUAAAUUAUUGUGUACGGUAUAAUAAUCUUGAUUUAUUAUUAGUUUAUUUCGACCAAACCAAUGAUAUUAACAAAUGCAUUAUUUGUUCCAUAAGUCUUAAUAUUCCAUCCUUUUAUGAAUAUUUCAUUUCACAAAGCUCCAAUAUCAAUGAAAAAGAUAUAUGA